UCCUCAAUGAAGCGUCGUACUAUUCCUCGUCAGUCCAGGGCAGGUUAUAAAUUUGAGAUAGUUUUUGGUCUCAGGGAUUUUUCUGACAGUGUCUGUCUCCCUGUCAGUGAGCUAUCUCUCUUCAGAGUCGGUGUGCUCACUUGCAAAGUUAAUGACGGUCGCUGACGGCGACUCUUUAGCGCUCGUCAUGCCUGUCCGAGCGGAGUGCUGCUCCCCGGCCGGCUCGGCCUGCCCAUCCUCGGCCUGUCUUGUUCCCGCCGCCCCGAUCAACACGCAGCAGCCGGGGGUGACCACGUCGCUGCUGCACAGCGGCUCACAGUUCCGGGGCUACCAAAGGAGCAAAGGCAACUCCUACGACGUUGAAGUGGUUUUACAGCAUGUGACUGUGGAGGACUCAUAUUUGUGUGGAUACCUGAAGAUCAAAGGCCUGACUGAGGAGUAUCCCACUCUUACAACGUUCUUUGCUGGUGAAAUAAUCAGCCGUAAGAGGCCUUUUUUAACAAGAAAGUGGGACGCAGAUGAAGAUGUGGAUAGAAAGCACUGGGGGAAGUUCCAGGCUUUUUACAAAUAUGCCAAAAACUUCAACUCGGAUGAUUUUGAUUAUAAAGCUCUGGAAACCAGUGAUUAUAUUUUCAUGAGGUGGAAGGAGCAGUUCCUAGUUCCGGACCACACCAUUAAAGACAUCAGUGGCGCCUCCUUCGCAGGUUUCUACUACAUUUGCUUCCAGAAGUCCACAGCCACUGUUGAGGGCUACUAUUACCACAGAAGCUCAGAGUGGUAUCAGUCUCUAAGCCUAAACCAUAUUCGAGAGCACAGUAUGCCUAUUUAUGAAUUUCGGUGACAUCGAAGAACACAGUAAGGGACAGUGUACACUGCCCUGCGCUUCAAUGGGACAGGAAUGACGGAGAGUCCUUUUAUGUCACAACACUGGAGGUGAUCUGCGUUCCUCACUGGAGGGAGCUGACAGGUGGUCAGUCACUCUAUUAACGAGCUGAAGAAAAGAAGACGCAGAUGAUGAAGAGUAAAGAUCAGUGAGACGAGCACAGUUUUGCUGCAAAGCUGCUGUUUUUUGACAUUUUAAUUUGUUCUUCCUGGCUUGUCUUUUAAUUUCAGUUCUUGGUGUCUUUCUGCUCUCAAACAAUUGUCUCCAUUUAGUUGGACCUCCAGUUUCAUGUAUCAUGCGUUCCUUUCAAUUUUCUAACAUUGCCUUUUAGUUAAUAGUCACAAAAGAAAGAGUGAUGAAUGUGAAAUCAGUUUUUUUCAUAAUGCUUCCCAUAUUAAAUGUAAAAUAGCCUCACAGGUUCACUUUGAUUCCCAAUAGUGAUUACUUAUUGGUUUAUUUCAAAAGAUUCCAAGGAAAGCAAUGAUGAGCAGGAAUUUACUUUUCAUUGCCUGAACUGACAGGCAUGGUCUGUUAAUCAGGGAUUGUGUGCUUGUAUGUUAUAUUAAUGCAGUGUGCAAUGAGAAGUUGAAAGCCAACAGCUGGAGCUGUUGCUGCUGGAUUUAAGCCUGAAGACAAGUCAUUGGAUCCAAUAAAUGGUCAUUUUUAAGCUGCGGCUUUUUCAGCAGUCCUCGAAAUGCUACUGAUGGCCACAUCCAGUUUUUUUCUAUGCAAGCCAAAGAUCAGUAUGAGGUAGAAUUUGUUACAGUUCCAAAUAUUUAUUUUGUUAUUAUUCAGACCUAUAAUUAGCUUCAAACCUGGGGUUUUCAAUAUUUGUUACACAAAAGUUGUUUCAGGGAAAGUAGAGCAGCUUUGAAGUGAUUUCUGUGUGUGUAACGUGAGGAAAGUUGCAAUGUUAAAAGCAGUGUUUUGAUUGUAUGAAGAUGUAAUCUGUAGAUUUUUUUUUUUUCCCUUUUUCAAAGUUUAUCUUUCUGCAGUGUGACAACACACUCGGAGCUAAAAUGUAAUGUUUGCUCAGUGGAGAUUAAUGUAAAAGGAAAAGAAAAAGCACCAUGUGGCUCAUGUACUUUUACAUGAUUAAAGACUAAAACCUCCUGUGAUUCUAUAGGGAAAAAAACCUGUUGCCUUACAAUUUUAAAUGUUUGUAAACGUUUUGUUUUUAAGACAUGAUUAAGCUGGUAUUUUAUUUGAAAUGGAUCAAAACCAAAUAAUUGAUUUUUCUUCAUCAACUUCUUGGAAUUCUUAGUUUUUCUGAGCGAGGCUGAUGUAAAAGUUACCUGUAGGAACAUGCAUGUUUUCUUCCAGCCACCUGACUUUAUUGACUUCAUUUCAAACAAGUGGAGUGCAAACACUGCAGUCCUAAAGACUUGGGGAAAUUAUUUUCUUUAAUUAAUCAUGUAAUUAAGAAAAAAGGAAAAUGUGCAAUGUAAAAAGCAAAUGUUUAUUUAAGAGUGUAUAUUCAGAGUUUUGACUGUAAAUCUAAUUUGAAAAUGAAUUAUAAUUCUGGUGUGAGGAGAAAUAAACACUCUUUCACACAUAGCUGCUUUAUCAUUCAAUAAAUAAACCCACUUUUCAGUAAGAAAAACCCAGACAUUUUUACUAUAAUUCUUAAGAGAUGAAAAAAAUGAAAAAUCAACCUAAAUGCUUUUUUUUUUUUAAACAUUUUAUGUUUCUGUUUAAUAAGCAUCUGAAGUCUUCUUUUGUUACCAUCUAGGAGCUGCUUCCGCUAGGUCUUUAGUAGUUUCCAACACUUCUCCUGUUCAUCUGUUCCAGCAGUGACCUUGUGAUGUACGUGUUUGGUGCCCUGACCUGAAAAUACAGACAUUUACAUCAAACUGUGCGAAUGUUGUAUUUUUUUUUCUUCCUUAUUUACUGUUUCAGCAAACUGAUCCACAAGAUUGCUUCUAAAAUUACUUUAGUUUGUGUUAUUUCUUUAAGAAA